CUCCGGCGAUCUACUCGUUGCUCCUCGAUCAUCAUUCUCGCCAUCGCCAGGCGUAAGAGGCGCCCUCGGCCGGCCCUCGUCUUCAUUGUCAUCAGCAAGGAGAGGCCUCAGGCUUGACACAGCCGCCUCACUCAACAGUCUCAGUCGAUACUCCACAGCAUCCCAUCGUGGGCAACUGCGCACCCUUCCGCCAUCUCCUGGGACAAGUCCAAGCGAGCGCUUGAGCCCUUCCAUCGAUCUGCAAGAUACCAGCUUCAACGCAAAAGGACGUUCCUCUCUCCCUGCGUCAUCAUCCUCAUCCUCAUCCAUCCAUCCAUCCAUCCCCGCAUCAUCUCAAUCUCGUCGUCGUGAUCAACCCCACAAGUCUCGACUGCCCGCUCGGGCCAUUUCAUCGACGAUGAGCGGAAUGUAUGCUCCCUCUACCUCGUCGUCGCGGCAGCGAGCCUCGACAUUCUCGACGGGCCCAAGGUACUCUCCGGCGAGCAUGACGAUUAAUCUCAGCGCUGGAGCGUCUGCAGCUCCCUCGGGGACCAAGGCGACGCUCAACCAGCGCGCUGCCUUGGUGUCCGCGUACAAUGAGCUGGGGAAGGAGCUCGCAUCGACGAAGCUCAAAGCCGUCGGCAACUAUACGCUGGGAAGAAGCAUUGGCGAGGGCACAUUUGGAAAGGUCCGGAUGGGAACUCAUCGAUUGACCGGAACCCGAGUCGCCCUCAAGCAAGUACCUAAAGCGCACUCUGCCUCGCUCACCCGCGAGAUUCAUCAUCAUCGGCGCCUUCAUCACCCUCACGUCAUGAAACUCUACGAAGUCCUCGCUACAGAAUCCAACAUCUGGAUGGUCUCUGAGCUCUGUCUAGGCGGGGAGCUGUACGACUACCUUGUUGAGCGGGGCACCCUUCCUGAAGCAGAGGCUCGCCGGAUCUUUGGCCAACUCUGUUUGGCUGUAGCGUACAUCCACGGCAAGGGCAUCGUACAUCGCGAUCUCAAGCUGGAGAAUGUGCUUCUUGACGAGCGCUGUAAUGUCAAGCUGGGCGACUUUGGUUUCACGAGAGAGUUCGAGGGGAAAAGGUUGAUGGAAACCUUUUGCGGCACAACAGGGUAUGCCGCUCCGGAGAUGUUAGCGGGCAAGAAGUACACGGGAGAGGAGGUCGAUAUCUGGUCACUCGGCAUCAUCCUCUAUGCCUUGCUCUCUGGCUCGCUGCCCUUCGACGAUGACGAUGAAUCAGCUAUGAAAAGCAAGAUCCUCUCUGGGGAGUACGAGAUGCCGCCCUUCCUCUCAGAAGAGGCACGCGACCUCGUGCAACGCAUUCUGCGCUUGGAGCCGACACAAAGGCCGACACUCAAGUCUAUUCUGUCACACCCUUGGUUCACCAAGACCAUCGUAGCGACGCCGAUGACCACCGUGGAGGAGGAUGUGGCGCAGGGCUCGUACUUUCAGGACUCGGCGCCAGUGCCGGAGGUCAGUCCGGAGGCACGGACGAAUGCCUCUUUAGUGGCUGCUCAGGCUUUGACGACUGGGGAGGAGGCCCUCACUCCCGCCCAUGCCGCAGAGACAUUAGCUGGUUUGGGAGUUGACCUAGGCGUAUCAUCGUCAAAUUCUGUGGGCUCCGUAUCGUCCAUCUCUCAGAGCGAUGAUGAUUCCAGCGGCCCUCCUUCGGAGACGAACACCGACCCGACUAGCCUUGACGUGAGCGACAAGGGUAAUGAGGGCACGGAAGAAGUGCCGGUGAAGCGAAGAUCGGGGGCGAUGCAGCGCAAUGAGUCACAGUCGACGAUUCGCAGAGAUGGAUCGGUAGGGAGUGACGGGACACUGAGUCGUAGGCAGUCUGUGAGCUCAAGAGCUGCUCGUACUUUGGCAACCCACCAUGAAGCGGGAAGCGGCCGUGACUCGAGAGCGUCAACGCUGCACGAGGCUCCCCUGCUGGUAAAGCGAGACUCUCAAAGCUCCUCACGCGGGCAUCAUCGAACACCAUCUCGCACCAAACGACGUUCCCUCUCGUCAGGCGGUCUAUCCGACCAUCACCCUCCGCAUCUCACGAAUCGCCCCGUCGACUACUGCGCUCUCCUUGAGCAGCAAGCUCCCGCCCUAUUUUCGACACCCCUUGAACAGGGCCUGCUCCAUCAGCUCGGCAGCCUGGGUAUGGACGUUGGACAGAUCGUUCACUCGAUCCUCACUGAUGCAUGCGAUGCUAGCGCGGCGAUGUGGUGGCUGCUGAAGAGCAAAGUGGAAGAGAGGCAGGAGACGGAACGCUUCCUGGCGCCAAGCGGGGUCACACCUUCCUCCUCGGGGUCGGCGACCAUUCCUGCGCCACCUAUACCUCCCAAAGAUCCUCUGCGAGCUCAGCGACGGGACAGUGAGGCGAAGGACAGCGAUGAUGGCCAUAGAGCGAUGACCAGAGUAGAAGGACUGCCCAGUCGAGCUCAAGACUCGUUCCGACGCCAUGUGCAGCCGCCUACAGAGGCGGCCCUUCCAUCGGCCAAGGUGACAGAGCAGCCGAGCAAGUCCUCCAUCACGCCGCCUGAUGCUGCUCAACCUCCCCUGUUGUCAAACGUCACAGCUUCACCGCCGCCUCGCCCUUCAAUGGCAAGCUCCAUCGACGAUGACGGCCGCAACAACGGCAGUCCCCGUCAAGAGAAAGCCGCGCGGCCGCGCCCAUCGCGUGACCGCACCAACUCGCUCAGCGUCAAGCUAGCAAGUGUGCUUUCAGGCAGUCGCAAGGAGAAUGCUCCAGAGGUCCCCACGAUCUCUCUCGAAGACGAGGCGGCUCCAAGUGGCGCGGAGCGUGCUAAAAGUCCUUCGACGAAUGCUGUCGCCAGCUUCUUCUCGCGACGGCCAGCAGGCGGUAUUGCGGCUGCGAAGGCGACUGGGGAGCACCAACGAGCUAUCUCGCAACCUCUUCCAGCGAAGGGCCUGACCACGUCGGUGACCGAGAACAAUCUUACCGCAUCGUCGUCCUCGGCAAUGCCUCCUCCGCCCGUAUCAAAGUCAAUGACUCCACUGAUGGAGGGCGAGCGCACCUCCUUCGGCAGCACUUCCAUCGAACAAAGUCCGUCUAAGUCGUCAUCGGCGAAGUCAUCGGCUGGGGGCCAUCUGCCCAACUCGAAGUCAGUUGAUACGUUCACGACUAUCUCGUCGUCCAAGCAGAGCAUGACCGGUGAUGAAUCUUUGCGCAGCGGAGGUACCGACGGAAGCAAGAAGCCAUCCUCAUCCUUCUUUCACACGGUCAAGUCAUGGCUAGGUACGGAGGACAAACAGGCGAGAAAGCAGCGCAAGGGCAAAGCGAGCGCCGGCACUGCAGCUAGUGGGAAGGGCAAGGGGACGGCUUCCAAGGCUGGAGGACUGACGUUGGCGGGGCAUGGCCAUGAUGCCUCGACGGGGAUGCACCGCACGGGUAGCGUCCGCAGCAGGGUUGGGCCGUAUUCUACACCCGCGAGCUCUAGCUCAGGAGGCUAUGCGCCCAACUCCUCACCCACAGCCUCGCGACGUUACCCUCGCACCCCGUCCAACAAGACGCUCACGGCACAUCGGCUCUCUGCUUCAGGCGUGGCUAGCGCCACAGGCUUAUCACUCAUUGAUACGCACAGCGCCUCCCUCGCCCGACCUUCACCUCUGCGGCGGCCCAGCGCAGGCAGCAUCACGCCGACAGCGCUAUACGGCGAGCGACCAAGCCGCGCUCCCUCGUCCAGCUCCCUGUACCGUGGUUCAGCCCCGUCAGGCGGGAUCCACACACGGGCGGGGUCUAUCAGCUCGCAGCACUCUGGCUUCGUAAGACACUCCUCCCUGGUCGGCGGCGGAGGUGGCUUGCCGUCCUCCACCGGCAGCUUCAGGGCCAGCCCACUUGCCAAUCGCCGCAUGUCAUCAGACGGUGGCGGGACGGUUGUCAUGCGUCACCGCGUGCGUCCACGCUCGGAGAAGUCGAGACCCACUUCACUCGUUGAUACAGGGGACGGCCUUUUCAGUAGCAGCGGCGGCGAUGAUCCAACCCACCUUGGCUCAUCGACUCUCGGUACCGGCGGAGGACACGCAACGCCCCGUCGCUGGAGUAUCGACUCGCGCCGAGAAGUCGACUCAAGAGCAGGUGGUCGCUCCUCGCCUCUUACGCCACAAGCGGGCUCAUCGAGCAUCUUUGUUGCUCAUCGGCCAAGACACCAUUCGUACAAGCCGCCUUCCUCGAAUCCGUCUCUGUUCCACCACCAUCACCAUCACGCCUCGUCUUCUUCAUCAUCAAUGUCGCGCAGGCCACACAGCUCGUCGAUUCACUCCUCAAACGGCACCGGCGGCAGCGACUGGACGCAUGGUACAGGUGGCGCAGGUGUAUGGCGAAGAAGCUGGGGACGCCCACCUCCCUCCUGGACAGGCCCAAUUGACGACGGACCCUCUCGUGCCGAGCUUGCGCGGAUCGCCGCGGUAGCUCGAGCGACGAGCGCCGGGAGGACCUCGUUGCGGGACGUCUUCUCCGGCCGCAGGCGGAAACAUCUGGCCCGGGAUGAAGAGGAUGGGAGUGUGGCGAGCAGUACGGAGGAUUGGGAAGAUGAGGAUGAGGAUGAGGACGGUGAGGAUGAUGAAGAGGGGCGAGGCAGGAGAGACGAGCCUGUCUUUAGCGGAGGCUUGGGCCAGCUGGACUCCGCGUCGCACUCGGCCGGACCAUCUGCGACGUCCGCCUCGGCAUCGAGUCGCAUCGGUGGGGCGGGUGGUAGUAGCAGCCCCUUCCCCGCAAGUCGCCGUGGAGAUAAUGCUACCUCCAAUGGUAGCGUUCGUCCAGGCUACGCUCCCUGGAAGAAGCAGAGCCCUGUCGUGGCCUCGUCGGGCUCCCCCAUCAUUUCUACGGCGGGCGGCGGACGCAAGAGCUGGCUACCGUCACAACCAGGUGGGUCAGCCGCGCCCAAUCCCUUCGGCAAGAGCGCUGCACCCUCUUCAACAACGCCCAAGCUCGCCUCUCCCUCCCCUUCGCCCUCCCUCGCCGCUUAUCAAACGCCUCAGCUGGGCCGCGAUGCUACACCGCGCAUGAUCGCCGUCAGUGAAGACGAGGAGGGAGAGGAGGAAGACGACGGAUUUGAGACGAUCGAAGAAGGGGCGACAUCAGCUGAUGCGACGAUCAGGGGAACCCCGCAACCUCGUCUCGCUGUUGAUCCAGCAGGAGGAGACUCGGCAUCCACGUCGCCCGUGAUGGGCCCCUCGCCUAAUCUACCGGGAAGCUUCGUGCCCUCCUCCUCGUCAUCCGUCGCAGCAGAGGGGAAGGAUGAUCCUGCCAUCGUCGGCCUCGGUCUCGGCGAGACGGUCGUGCCCCACACGGGCAGUAUACCGGCCGAAAGCGCAGUUGGAGCGGGCGCAGCGGGAGUACGAACAAUGCCUGCCCGACGCGGAGGUGGCGGCGGGUCGCCUUUGCCACCCGCUGUUGAGGAGGAAGAGGAAGAAGAGGAUUCGUGAGAGGUUAAGAUUUUGUCGAGAGUAUUCUUAUUGUUGCCUUUUUACCCAGCCAGAUACCCAAUUGGAGUUCGAGCUUUCUCUCCUACGUCUGCCUAAUCAGCC